AUGUCGUUUCAUGGCACUUGGUACUUUAACGGGAAACUUCCACCUGAGUCGCUUUUCUUCGUAGAUGGUCAGAGGCUUUCGUGGGAGAUGCCGUGCAGAUUUCUUCUUGGUCUGUUUCAGGACCCUGGAGGAUAUGGCAUUCCCAAGCAAUAUCAUAAUGACUUAAAGAGGAUCCAAGUCGUCUUCUUUCCCUCUUUGACUGUGGGAAUAGUGGAUAUGCUAGUAAACAAUUGGGUCGCGUCGACGAACUACCAGGAAAGAAGGACGAUGUUGAACUUUGCCCCAUUCCAAGCACUUCCUCAUUUCAGAAGGAUCACAGGGGGAGCGGGAUCUGCGGAGUUUAUUACAUUUGGUCACCUCCUAGUCCGAUUCCAUAACACUUAUACCCAACUGUUUACCGCCAUUGACGCUAUUGCAUAUAUAUUUUCCAUCGCUGAUCCUCCGGAAGGCGUUGCACUCACACCAGAGCUGUUUUUCCUGCCUCUGCUAAGGAAAUUCACGCAAUUUCUAUACUUCCUGCACCCCAACCGAGAAGCGUGUCCGAAGGUGAUGUGCAUUGUCACGCUGAAAAGCGGGGACAAGGUCCAAUGGCUCCUAGGAGCUAGCCUCGGCAAAUUCAAAACCGAUCAUAGAUCUUGGGAUCCACAAUUGAAAUCCAAACUUGCCGGGGCUCGGUGGAUAGUAAUGUCAAGGCUUCUAGGGUUAAAUCCGAGGAUAGUAGCACCUGUCGCGAGUGGGCAGGGUUGGGGAAAUUGUGCGGAGAGCUUGCCUUUUGCUUGUCUUUUGAGGGGACAUGAUUCCAGAUCGGAAAUGGUGUGGGGCACGGCAGUAAUGUGGGAGGGUAACCGGCCAGUCCAGUGGAAACCUCCGUGUAAAAAUUGUCAGAUGCUGCUGGGGCUAAUGAAUGUGAAGCAUUACUAG